CCCAUGCAUAUCUUAACAACAAACCACACAAACACAACAUCCUCUUCAAUGUUAUUCAUUUAUUCUUCCACCACCUCCACCAAUGGUGACAUACCCUGUUCCUAUGUGUCGCCGCGACAAAGACUAUUAGACCAUUCAACAUGCAAAGCAUGUUAGGUGGCGUAAUUGUAAUCAAUGUUGUGAUGUAAGUUGAGGGAUUGAUUCAACUAUGUAUGUGAGAAAGGAAUGUGAUGUGGGUUUUUCUGGGUCGAAAGUCGUCUUAUUUGGCCGGGAUAAGGGGAGCUAUGUGUGUAAAAGAGUAUACUUUGGUAUGUUUCCUUUAGGUCAUGCAUUCGCUUAGGUCACAAGUCCAUGUCUUUUACUUUGAUAGAAGAAAGAAAAAAAAGCCAGUCCUGUUUUUUUUAACGUCUGAGUCAUGCUUCUGCAGGUUUUGUGCUGUGGUGAACGUUUCAGUUUGUUUCAUUUUUUUAAUUGGGUUUUUGUUAUAACGUACGUUUUGGUUUUUGUGCAUACACUUGCUCUCAUAUAUGUAUAGAUUUUGGGUUACUUGACAGAAAAGAUGACCUCAUGAAAGAAAGAAUAUACACAUAAAAACCCUUCAAUUUUAUUGAAUAUCAGAAUGUCUAGGAAUAUGGUACACACAUGGGUUUGUUUUAACUUUUUCAUGUAUGAAUUUUUCACCCAAUCAUGAACACAAGUUUGAACAAAGAAAAGUCUGAAAUUCUGUGUACAAAAUUUUCUUUUUUCCAUUCGAAACUCUGAAAGACUGAAACUAAUUACUGGAACAGAAGACCUUAAAAAGAGGGAAAUUUAAGAAAAAAGCUGCACAACAGGACAAACCCCAUUUUGAAACAGAGUACUCUGUUUUUGGUAUUUAUUCCUCUGUUUUGUUAUUUCAGCAUGUACAGUUACAUCCCACACCCCCCAUCUCACUCUCUCUUGUUGAGAAAUUAUUAAUUAUCUCUUCCACAAGCCAUUGAUGAAGGAAUCACUAGAAGGUGAGAGCUCCAUUAGGUAUAGGAGAGCUAGACUACGUCAAAUUCACCAAGAUUCCCCGGCUGAUACAAGCUUGAAAUCGAGUAUGGUUCGGCCUUAUGUUCGAUCGAAAAUGCCUAGGCUUCGAUGGACUUCUGAUCUUCACCAAUGCUUUGUUCAUGCAGUUGAAAGACUCGGUGGCGAAGACAGAGCGACACCAAAGAUGGUGUUACAGAUAAUGGAUGUGAAGGGGCUAACCAUUUCGCACGUUAAGAGCCAUCUUCAGAUGUACAGGAGCAUGAAGCAUGAACAGAUGAUACAAGAAGCAGCUAUGGCAGCAAAAAGUAAUGGAAAGGCUCAUUCAAACUACUUGUCACAUUUAGUUCCAAUCUGUUGCAAGCAAAUCAAUCAUCAGCCAGAAUAUGAGGACUCCAUUGAUGAAGAUGCUUUCUUCUAUCAACGACGUGGUGUUAAUCACACUGAUGAAGCUCUAGAUAAUGGUUCUAGAAUGCCAGCAUUAAGGCAAGAGAAACAAAAAAUGUGCGAUGAAAAAGGAGCGUCCGAACCCAAACCAACCUUCACCUAUGAAGAAAUAUUGACUGGACAAGGAUGGGAGCAGAGACCUUAUGAUCAUUCUUACAUCAUCUUCAAGGACCUGCUCAGACUAUGCCCUAAUUCCCAGCUGGAGAUAAAGAAGCAAGAAAAGGUGUCAUCUGAAGGUCCUGGUGGUGGUGAUGACCAGAGGAAUAAACAUGAUCAAAGAGUAGAAGAGGGAGUUGAUAGAGUAGUAGAUGGUGACAAAAUGUCUCCAUCACUAAAGUGGAGAGAUUCUCAUCAUCAGUUGCCAUUGUUGAAACUGAGCAGAUUAGAUAGGAGUUCAGAUGUCAAUGAUGUCUCUCUUGAGCUUACUCUUGCUUGAAAAUUCAUCAUCAUAAAAAAUAUAUUAAUUGAACUCUUUGGAAUCUAAUUAAUUUGGUAGCUAACCUAGCUAG